AUGACCAACCCCUCACAGGCUGAUAGAGAGAGGCAAUAUGCUCGAGCCAAGGUCCCUUUGAAAGUAAUUAUAGUUGGCGCUGGCAUCGGAGGGCUCGCGGCAGCACUCGCACUAGGCAAAAGAGGUCACGAUGUACACAUCAUUGAGUUUGCGCCCGAGAUCGCCGAAGUAGGUGCCGGUAUCCAAGUGGCACCGAACAUGUGCCGACUCCUAGACCGCUGGGGAGUCGGCAGUAAGGUACGACAGAGUGGCGUGCAGUUGAAGGCGAUCCAUAUCCUGCGCUGGCAGUCAGGAGGCUUGCUGGGAAGUGUACCCAUCAACCAGGAACACGGCGAGCAAUUUGUCGUGCACCGUGCGGAUCUGCAGAUGGCCCUGCUGGAGAAGGCCCUGUCACUGCCCAAUGUCAAGCUACAGGUUAACACAAGGGUGGAUAAUGUGCAAUUCAGUCCUGCGGCGGUUUUGUUGAACGAUGGAACCACGGUGUACGGCGAUGUGGUGCUGGGAGCCGAUGGCAUCAAAUCCAUGAUCCGUGCUAAAGUGCUGGGUGACGAAAAGGACGUCGCUGUUCCAACUGGAGACGCGGUGUUUCGAGUGGUGCUCACCAAGGAGAUUCUCAGCAAUUUCCCCGAUCUUUUGCCUUUCAUCGAGGAGAAGAAAGCAAUACGGUGGGUCGGUCCCGGUCGGCAUCUAAUCGCUUACCCUGUUCGUAACCACGAGAUAUAUAACAUGGCGCUGUCACACCCGGAUCGCGGUAGGGUUGAUGAGAGCUGGACGUCGAUCUCGUCGAAGAAGAACCUUCUGGCUGAGUAUGAAGGGUGGGAUCCGAAUCUGAUCAAACUCCUGGACCUCGUCCCUGAGGGAGAAGUCCUGGAGUGGAAAUUGUGUAUGCAUGCCCCACUGGCACGAUGGGUACAGGGCAGCUGUGCAUUACUGGGAGAUGCAUGCCAUCCCAUGCUGUAA